AUGCCCUAUCCUAAAGUUAGCAUAAUUUUUUGUACCAGGUGUAAAUGGAAUUUAAGAAGUGCCUGGUAUUUGCAGGAGUUGCUACAAACAUUUGGCGAUUCUUUGGGUGAGGUGUCCCUAAUUCCAGGUUCUACAGGAAUAUUUAAAGUUCUUGGCUACCUAAAUCAAGACCAAGAGACUGCAGAAACACCGAUCGUAAUUUGGGAUCGUAAAGCUAAUGGUGGGUUCCCUGACAGCAAAUUUUUAAAGCAGAAAGUGAAAGAGCUACUAUUUGUAGAAGACAAGAAAGUGGAAUUAGGGCAUCACAUUAAAAGAGAUUCUGCUAACGAUGGCAACUUGCACGGCGGAACUCUUGUGCAAGAAGGUUCAAGAGAAAACUUUUGUAUCAAGGAAAGCGAUUGUGAUGAAUGUAAUGUGUAG